AUGUCUUCCUCACCGGAACUUGGCCCUGCCAAUGGCCACUCGACUCCUGUAGGGGACAAUGUUGCAGUCAGCUUUCUCCCACUACACGAGAGCGAGAGCGACUUGUCUGAGGUUCAGGCCGCCACCUUCGAUGCUCACCAGUCCUCCGAGUCGCCCAACAUGCCGGAUACCUUGAACAAUGACAAGCAAGGUGACGAGUCAGAUCACUCUUCAGAACCUAGCGAUAAUGACGCUUCCGAUGACGCCGAUUUCGAUAUGGCCGAUAGCCCCAUCUCCCCACGCAGCAAUGGCGGUCAAAACGACAUUGUUGUCUCCGAUGAUUCCCAGGGAGCCACGAAACGGAAAGCCGCGGUAGUUCACGAAGAUGACUAUAUGAGAGAAAACCCAGAGCUAUACGGGCUGAGAAGAAGUACUCGUCCGCAGCAGCGCCGAAAGAUUGUCGACUCCGAUGAUGAAUCCGAAUCAGACGAUGUCCCUGUCAAUCGAAGAACAGCCAAGAGACGACGUGUCGAGCGUUCCCAACCUUCCUCUAAGAGAGAUACACCAAUCCGCCAAACAUCUGCAGAUGACUCCGACUCUGACACAUAUGGCGGUGCCCGAGCGCGCAGCUUCCAGAAAAAAGCGCGUCGCCAACAAGAAUCUCAGCCAGCAUUGGCGUAUGCUGAAAAGAGAUGGACAAGCAGACGCGCUGCCCAAGUUUCUGCCGGCGCAUACAAUGAGAGCGACGUCGAUGAUGAAAAUGACUCAGAUCUGACGCCAGCUUAUUGGGUUGGCGCCGAAAUGGAGGACAAUUCACCUUAUAUCGAAAAGGUCAUCCGGCAUCGUCCUAAAGAAGGUGUCGAAUUGACUCCGGAUGCCACACGUCACGACUUCGAAUACUACAUCAAAUGGCAAGGCAAGUCUCAUUUGCACGAUACGUGGGAGACCACCGCCACUGUCGCAGGAUAUCGGGGUUUCCGCCGUCUUGAAAACUACUAUAAGAAAAUCGUCGAGUUUGAAGUGGGGAUGAGAUUCGACGAAGACGAGUAUACACCAGAGCAGCGGGAACAGUGGCUCUUGGAUCGCGAGCGUGAGGAAGAAGCCCACGAAGACUAUACCAAAGUCGAGCGGGUAGUUGCCAUCCGCGACGGAGAUGAAGGUGAUGAGUACCUGAUUAAAUGGAAAGGCCUCCAGUAUGAUGAAUGCACAUGGGAGGCUGCCGAUCUCGUCAGCUCUCAUGCGCAAGAUAAGAUCGAUCAGUUUAUAGACCGGUCUUCUCGGUCAUGGCAAUCUGAUCGCAAGGAGGCUAAUCCUGACACGCGGUCGAGAAUGACCAAGUUGGAGAAGCAGCCGUCCUAUAUCAAAGGAGGCGAGCUCCGUGAGUUUCAAAUGAAGGGCUUGAACUUCCUUGCCCUGAACUGGACUCGAAGCAACAACGUCAUCCUUGCUGAUGAAAUGGGUCUCGGUAAAACCGUCCAGUCCGUCGCUUUUCUCAGCUGGCUGCGCAAUGAACGGGAGCAGGAAGGCCCCUUCCUUGUCGUUGCACCCCUUAGUGUCAUACCUGCAUGGUGUGACACCUUUAACCACUGGGCACCAGAUAUUAACUAUGUUGUCUAUCUCGGGCCAGAAGCUGCUCGAUCUACUAUUCGCGAGCACGAACUUCUUGUCAAUAACAACCCGAAGAAGCCCAAGUUCAACGUCCUGGUCACAUCGUAUGACUACAUCCUCCUAGAUGCCGAUUUCCUGAAGCAGAUUAAGUGGCAAGUUCUCGCUGUCGAUGAGGCUCAUCGGCUCAAGAACAGAGAAUCCCAACUAUACGCUAAGCUUAUGGGUUUUGGCGUGCCCUGCAAGGUUCUUAUCACAGGAACACCGAUCCAGAACAACCUGGCAGAGCUGUCAGCGUUGCUUGACUUCCUCAAUCCUGGAAAGGUCCUCAUUGACGAAGAACUGGAGCAGCUGGGCCAGGCUGAGCAAAAGGAAGAAGAUGCAGAUAAAGACGAGGAGAAGCGUCGUGCAACCCAGGAGAAGCUUUCGGGCCUGCAUCGUGCUAUUGCACCUUUCAUCUUGCGACGAACCAAGGAGAUUGUCGAAUCCGAUCUACCCCCCAAAACCGAGAAGAUUAUCCGUGUCGAGCUCUCCGAUGUCCAGCUUGAUUACUACAAGAAUAUUCUCACUCGAAAUUACGCUGCUUUGAGUGAUGCCAGCAAUGGACACAAGCAAUCGCUGCUGAACAUCAUGAUGGAGUUGAAGAAAGUCAGCAACCACCCGUACAUGUUCCAUGGUGCCGAGGAGAGAGUCCUUAACGGUAGCACUCGCCGAGAAGAUCAAAUCAAGGGUCUCAUCACGAGCAGUGGCAAGAUGAUGUUGCUUGAUCAGCUUCUGACCAAACUCAAGAAGGACAAUCAUCGUGUUUUGAUCUUCAGCCAGAUGGUGAAAAUGCUUGAUAUUCUUGGAGACUAUCUUCGCAUCCGCGGAUAUCAGUUCCAAAGAUUAGAUGGUACUAUCCCAGCUGGGCCACGGCGAAUGGCGAUCAAUCAUUUCAAUGCUGAUAACAGCGAGGACUUCUGCUUUUUAUUGUCAACAAGAGCCGGUGGUCUCGGCAUCAAUCUCAUGACUGCUGAUACGGUCAUCAUUUAUGAUUCGGACUGGAACCCACAGGCUGAUCUCCAGGCUAUGGCUCGUGCACAUAGAAUCGGCCAAAAGCGGCCGGUCAGCGUAUAUCGACUUGUAGCCAAGCAGACCAUCGAAGAGGAAGUUGUCAAGCGUGCCCGUAACAAGCUCUUCCUAGAGUAUCUCACCAUCCAAGCUGGCGUUACCGAUGAAGGCAAGGCCUUGCGAGAACAAUUCAAAGAGCGCGGCUUGAAAAUGGAUGAAGCCAAAACUGCAGAUGAUAUUCAAUGGAUUCUCAAAAUGCGUUCGCAGAAUUUGUUUGAGCAAUCUGGCAACCAAGAGAAGCUUGAGCAGUUGGAUAUUGAUUCCAUUCUUGAGAAUGCCGAAGUCACCAAGACAAACGUCGAUGACAAGAUCAACCUCAGCAGUGGAGGUAUUGACUGGGAUAAUUGGAUGCAAGUCACCGAUGUCAAGGUUGACGAAAUGGCGCUGGACUGGGACCAGAUCAUUCCUUCUGAUCAACUCGCUACUAUCAAAGCCGAGGAAGAGAAGAAGAAGCAUGAAGAGUAUCUUGCAAAAGCAUUAGAGGAGAAUGCACCGAGAAGAGCAACCCUGAAAAACUCCAAGAGAGGUGCAGACUCCGAGCGUGCUGAGCGCCUUGCAAAGAAGAGACAGCGUGAACGCCAGGAGCAGGAAGAGCUUGAAGAACAGCGAGCACAGCUUUCGGACCCCAAACGGCCCUUGAACGAGAAAGAAACUCGAAAUUUGAUAAGAGCGUUUUUCAGGUAUGGCUCGCUGGAUGACCGUGGCGAUGAGGUUGUCCAAGAGGCACGAUUGACCGACCGUGAUCGUGAUCUCCUUCGGUCUACCAUUGAUGAGCUUGUUGGUAUCAGUCGCGUUGCCGUGGAUGCAAAUAGCUCAAAGCUCCGCGAUGAAGAGGAAAGGACAGGCAAAGUGCUUGCCAAGAAAGACAAGAAGGCAGUACUUGUCGAUUUCGGAGAAGUAAGGAAGGUCAACGCCGAAACUGUGGUAGACCGUCCUCCACAACUCAGACUUCUUCGAAAGGUCCUCACUGAACAUGGCAACAAUCAGUCCUUCCGCUUACCGGAUGCUACCAAAGCAGCUCACUAUAGCUGUGAAUGGGGUGCUCGUGAAGAUGGGAUGCUUCUUGUUGGUAUCGAUAAGUAUGGUUUUGGUGCUUGGACGCAGAUUAGGGAUGAUCCCGACUUGCAGAUGGAGGACAAGUUCUUCCUUGAGGAGCAUCGCGUUGACAAGAAGGAAGAACGUAAGAAGGCGGACGACAAGAGUAUCCAGUCUCCUGGAGCCGUGCAUCUUGUCCGACGUGCGGAGUAUCUCCUUUCUGUUCUGCUGGCCAAGUACUCCAACGACGCUGCCGCUCAGAGGGCUGUCGAGAAUCAUCACCGCAGCAAGAAGAACCUCAUUGUCAAUGGCCACCGACGAGUCGAUGCUGGCUCACACUCGGCAUCGCCUGCCCCGCAAUUGGUGAAGAAGUCAGCGGCAAAUAGAGAUCGCAACCCAACGCCGACGAUCGUGGCACUCCUCGCCCAGAGCACAAACGCAAGCAUACCGAUGAACAUGAUGAACGUCAUGGAUAAGAACAAGGAGAAGCGUCAAAAACUUGAUCCUGAGACGUUGGAGCGACUGAAGCAGAACCGUGACAAAGCGGUGGAGCGAUUCAACGAGUUGAUGAAGCUCGACGAUGACAAGUUGGAUAUCUUUGACAGUGAACAGCUCAUGUGGUCGCUCCUUAAGCCGGUCAGACCAAACUUUGAGCGCAUCAUGUACACCACUGCAGAUAAGAUCCCGUCAGCUAAGGAACGUGCGAAGAUUAUGGGCACUGAGCUCCGUUGCAUCGGAAAGUGUCUCACUGAUCUCAAGAAGAACAAAAGCAUACCUGCCGACAAGCUUGAGGAUCUUAUGCCGAAAUUCUGGGAUUUUCUGUCUACGAUUUGGCCUAUUGGUGAUUUCGAUGUAUCUGGGAAGCGCCUUUCGCGAAUGUAUCGUGAUUUAUCGGAGAAGGAUAAGAAAGAUGCUGGAGAGAAGGCAGACAAGCCUAAGAAGCGCGAUGACCUAGAGGACGGGGAAAUCGAUGAUGAAGAGGAGGCGCGUCGUCAAGCACGGCGUGACGCUCGUCGAGAGAUCAGUGAGGAUGUAAGGCGAGAAUAUCGCCGCGAUGACUACAAGCAUCGAGCCUACGAAAACGGCGACCGCCUGAGCUUUAGAAAGGACAGGGGCUUAAGUGAUCGUGGGAGGCAGACUUGGCUCAGCCCCAACCCCCGACACAGCCCGUAUUAG